UCCACAUCCACAGUUGCGGCGUGCUCCCUGCCUCACAUGCUGCUGCUGCUUUCCAAGUCCACGGCACAAGCCAACCCAACCAAACAAACCCAUCGGCGACUCAUCUCUCUCAUCUAUAAAAGGCUCUCCCGCCCUUUUCACCACAAUCGAUCCGGCCUCCAAACAGCUCUUCUUCCAUACUCCAAACUGCUGAUAGGAAGCUUGAAGCUGCCACUUGGUUGUCCUGCUUCUGCUUGCUGCCAGAUUAUUGGCGAGCUAGUAGCCACCUGAAGGCUAGCUGAAGCUUAAUUAUUAGCUGAUCGAUUGGUAAAGAUGGCGGCGCGUGAUCGGCGAGAGAUGAGCAGCGACGAGGAGUCGGCGGCGGUGGCGCCGCCGGGGGACCUCCGGCGCGGGCCGUGGACGGUGGAGGAGGACCUGGUGCUGGUGAACUACAUCACGGCGCACGGCGAGGGACGCUGGAACGCGCUGGCACGAUGCGCGGGGCUUCGCCGGACGGGCAAGAGCUGCCGGCUGCGGUGGCUCAACUACCUGCGCCCCGACCUCCGGCGCGGCAACAUGACGGCGCAGGAGCAGCUGCUGAUCCUGGAGCUGCACUCGCGGUGGGGCAACCGGUGGUCCAAGAUCGCGCAGCACCUGCCGGGGAGGACGGACAACGAGAUCAAGAACUACUGGCGCACGCGGGUGCACAAGCACGCCAGGCAGCUCAACUGCGACGUCAACAGCCAGCAAUUCAAGGACCUCAUCAGAUACCUCUGGAUGCCGCGCCUGCUAGAGCGCAUCACCAGCAGCUCCGCCGGGGACGACGGCCACCGUGGCGCUGCCGCUGCGGCGUCGGCGUGGCCCGUCGACGACGUCGAGCUGUCCUGCACCACCGCCGCGUCUUCGUCGUCCUCCGUGUCGACGCCGACGGACGGCACGCAGCAGCAGCAGCAGCAGCAGGUACAGCUGCAGCAGCUCGUGUCGCCCAGCGGCAACGACGGAUCCUCCUCCUAUUCCUACAGCAACAACAGCAGCAGCAUGUGGGACACCUUGUACCAGCCAGAGCCACCACAAACAGCAGACUACCACCACCCGACGACGGCCGCCGAGGCUGCAGCUUGCAGCAGCUGGUCCGACGACUACGAGUCGCUGCUGGCCCCGGGUCUCUCUCUCCCCGGCGACAUGGGGAUGGGGUUGCCGGAGCUCGGCGACACCAUGAUGUGGGGCGCCGACGACCUGUGGUACACGCACAUAAUGGGCUUGUGAAAGCAAGCUAAGUCCGCCGCCGCUUGGAUUUGAUUUCAUUUGAUUUGGCCGUACCUAUCUAGUAUGCAUCAUGUAGCCCGGCCGGCCGGUGCAGACGAUGAGACCACCUAGCUGCUUCAAACAUCUAUCUCACACGCCCGUACAGCUAGGAAACGUACUCAAGAUCGACGACGACGGGCUAGAGGAAGGGGAAGGUUAUUAUUGGGGGGCCGGGCUUUGGUUUGAAGAUUAAAAAAAGAUCACCUUCAUUCCACUUUACCCGCCAAUAAUUUGUUCCCCAGUUCUUGCCCAUCACAUUUAUAUCCGCUCUGUGCGUCUCUCUCUUAUAUUAUACUGUACACACCUGAUGUGCUGCUUUCUACUUAGCUAGUAUGGAGUAGCACGCAGUAGCGCACGAAGCUAGCUUGCCAUGAGGUUAACUACACUAGUACUAGCUAGUAGCUUGGUUGUUUUUACUUUUCAUUAGUUACUACUCCCUUAAUUCUUUGUGCGUAAAUACGGAGUGGUUACGUUGUUGGUUUGUAACUUUGUGUCAUGUAUGAUGAUCUUGGAAGAAGCCGAUGGAAAUAAAAGGUUGAAAUGGCCCCUGGGGCGUUGUUGAUC